UUGUAUGCCGCACCGUGACGGAGAGGCGGCGAUUACCAACGUGAAGCGGGGCGGAGAACGAACUACCGGCGGCCGGGAGGAAGCGGGGGUGGUGGGGCCGGCAUUGGGGGCAGUAGGCCCGGGAGCUGUGAUGCUGUGGAGGCCCGAAAAGGCCGUUUUAUUGCUUAGGGUUGCGCUAUGCACCCGGCUUUGGCGGUGUGUUUGGUGUUCUGCGGCUGCUGCAGUAACGUGGUGUUCCUUGAGCUGCUGGUCAGGCAGUUUCCAGGAUGUGGGAACAUAGUGACGUUCUCCCAGUUCCUAUUUAUUGCAGUGGAAGGUUUUAUCUUCGAAGCCAACUUCGGGAGGAAGAGGCCGGCCAUCCCAAUGAGGUACUACCUCAUCAUGGUGGCCAUGUUCUUCACUGUCAGCGUGGUGAAUAACUAUGCUUUGAACUUAAAUAUUGCCAUGCCGCUGCACAUGAUCUUCAGAUCAGGCUCUCUCAUAGCAAGCAUGGCUCUGGGUAUCAUCAUUCUGAAGAAAAGAUACAGUUUGUCGAAAUACACAUCCAUAGCCCUGGUUUCCAUGGGGAUCUUUACCUGCACUUUCAUGUCUGCAAAGCAAGUGGCAUCCGACUCCAGCUUGAAUGAAGAGGAUGGACUCCAUGUUUUCUUGUGGUGGCUGCUAGGUAUUGCUGCACUCACCUUCGCCCUCCUCAUGUCUGCAAGAAUGGGGAUUUUCCAGGAGACGCUUUACAAGCAGUUUGGGAAACACUCCAAAGAGGCCCUUUUUUACAACCAUGCGUUACCACUCCCUGGCUUUAUUCUCCUGGCCCCAAACAUCUACCACCAUGCAGUUCUCUUCAGCCAGUCUGAGCCAUUCCAGAUCCCAGUGAUUGGGCUGACCAUGCCAAUCAUGUGGUUCUACCUCCUCAUGAACGUCAUCACUCAAUACGUCUGCAUUCGGGGCGUCUUCAUCCUCACCACGGAGUGCACCUCCCUCACCGUCACGUUGGUGGUGACGCUGCGCAAGUUCGUCAGCCUCAUCUUCUCCAUCCUCUACUUCCGUAACCCCUUCACGGCCUGGCACUGGUUGGGCACUGCCUUCGUCUUUGUGGGGACUCUCAUGUACACAGAGGUGUGGAACAGCCUCGGGCCCCUCCUGGCUCGCUGGAGGAAGAGGCCGAAGGCGGAAUAGCAGCUGGGGGACACUCUGGAGGGACCUUUUUAUUGUUUUAUAGAGCAGAGCAGCAGGAAAUCUCCCUGAAAGGGGGUUCCUUUUUAUAACACAGGGGAGGUGUUGGCUGUGCCAAGCUCCUGGGAAACGUGGAGCCUCUGCUGGGAACCUGCCUGGAAUAAUGGAUCGUGGUGGGAGGAUAUGGUUACUUUUGAGAUGGUGCAUUUUGUUAUGCAACUCCUUCCCUUUUAAAUAAUUUUAAAGCUGACCCGGUUCUUGAUUAGGAUCCCAACCUUGUGCUUCUCUGCAGUCCUCUCAGCUUCAUUGAGCUGAACCCUGAGCCCAUUUGGUGCCGUCCUUUAACAGCCAGGUUACUGUAGUGGAUGGCUGAGCCCCAGAGAGCCACCAGACGCUGCUGUUUAUGGAGCAGGUUUUUAGUUACACUGGAAGUGCCAGGCCUGGCUUUUAAUUUGAGUCCUUGUUGCCUGAUCAUGCUGGGAGGAUAUUGGUUACACCCCAUAGCUUCCACCUUCUUCAGUCUGCUUGGUAGACUACUAAAGAGUGGCUUUGGGGACUUACCUCCAAGCCACCAAGCUCCUGUCACUAAAUAUCGUGAUAUUGCACUGCUACCUAAUGAGGUGGAGGGUGUUAGGGGUUCCUGCUUCUGGUAGAACUUAGUGCAGGUCACUUUUCAGCCACAUCUUCCUCCUUUUUUCCAUCAUCCUAAGUGUGGCCACAGGUGAAUUUGCUACCUACUGCUGCAGUGAGUCGUGCUGUGUGCCUGGGACACUUCAGUGUAAAAUCAUGGAGCAAUUUGGCUUGGGAAGGACCUUUUAUGAACCCCCCCCCCCAACUAGAAAGGUUGCCUAUAGCCUCAUCCAACCUGGUCUUGAGCACUUUGAAGGAUGGGGCCUCCACGGCUUCUCUGGGUUGUCUAUUCCAGUGCCUCCCCAUGCUCAGAGUAAAGAAUUUCCUUCUAACACCGAAUAUAACUCUUACUUUAGAACGGUUACCCCUUGCUCUAUCACUACACGCCUCAGGGUACAAACAUUGCCAAGGAAUUUCAGAAGGGCCAGAACAGCUGAGCUUAAUUCUGUUGCUGAGGAGGGGCUGGUUUUCCCGUCCCUUCAGCUGGCUCUCCCCUUUUCUUUCCUUCUUCCAUUUCUUGGGGGUCAGCUUCACUCAUGACAUUUCUAUGCAUCCACCUGGUGCAGGACAGGUGUCCCAUAGCAUCACCUCUUGCAUGACAUCUGGAAAACUUGCAAGAGCUUUGGAUGUAUGUCUUCCAGCAAGGCGAAGAGCAGCGCUGUUCUAGGAGCUGGUCAUGGUUGGGCAGAGCAAAGGUUGGUGAGCAGCCUUGUCUUUCUUGGUCUUGGAGCAGGAAGGGAGCACAUGCAUGGAUUUUUUUGUCUUGAUUUUCCUUUAGCACCGUGGUUACUUCAUUGUGAUGCUUCCCCUACUCAGCAAUAAGAGCAUCCAGUAGCAUCAAGUUGAUCACAUCAAGGUUGGCCAACUCUUGAUAUCACCGACAUCCUCAUGGCUUUUGGUUUGCAUUGCUCUUAACAACAAAGCACCACACAGCCCUGGGUGGGAAGUAGAAAGAGCCAAACCUGGAAUACUUGUGGGCAUCGCUAAAAGCAAAGAAAAGAGGGAGAAUGAAAAACAGGCAAGAUGCAAAGACAAUCACUUGCUGCCUCCCAGUUAAACCAAUGCCAAGCCCUCCCCAAGCAAUGGCUACCAGCCCAAAGCUCCUAUUUUAUUGCUGAUUCUUAUUGAGAGCAGCUGUGUGGCUGUCCCCCAGCUUAUUGCCCAUCCAUGGCCUAACCAACAUCUGAGCAGGUGCCUGAGUGCCUGUAACAUACUGUACAUAGCCAACUCUAGGUUACUGCCCUUUGUAUCAACAAAGAUACCCCCUGAUUACAUGUUGUCACCCAUUUCUGUGUGAUGAUGGUGCAGCUGGGGGAUGUUUGGGUUCCUUUUAUUUUAUAAGCUGUAAGUCUCUCAAGCCAGGUAUCGAUCAUGGGUUAUAUAUUUUGUUCUUAUCCCAUGCCUUUUUUUAACGUGUCCGUUGUGUGUUUCUGUGUGUUCUCAAGUAUUUAUUGUCCUAGGAGUGUCAGCAAUUCCCUUCCUGCUGCGGGAGAGCUCCCCUGGUUGUGAGGUGAAGGGAAGUGCCCCCAAUAGCCAAAAAAUAGUAUUUAAAUAGUAUUUGGGUUUUACGUUUUCAAUAGAAAUGAUAAGGUGAUAGGUCACAUCUAUUUUUCUUUUAGCAGAGACAGGCAAAGUGAUGAGCCAAGAUGCUUUUAGACCAACGCUUUGGAUUGACAGAGCUUUUGGGUUGGUUGGUUGGGUUAUGGGGGGUAUUUUCGAUGUUGUUGGGGUUCUGGUUUGUUGAACAAAAUAAAUAUCUCUUGUUCAAGAUA